AUGACGAGCGUUACCCUGGUAACGGUCCUCCUGGUUGGCGUCUCAGUGCUGCUGCGUUUCGGUUGCGCAUUCAAUCUGUCCCCGGUCCCGAACUACGUGUUCCGUGAGCCCAGUUUGCCGCUGUAUACGCAAAAAGUGCGCAGCUCGUAUUUUGGAUACUCGAUCAAUCUGCGUCCGGGAGGCCUACUGGUCGGUGCGCCGCGAGCUCAAUCGGAUCUGGCGGCUCAGCGAAAGCUAAAUGAAACGGGUGCCAUCUAUCGGUGCCCGUUCGAAGUGCCCACAGAAUGUGCCCCGUACUACCUCGACCGGCUGGGCAACACGAACGCGGAACAGUCGGACUUUGCGUACAACUCCGAGAAGAAGGAUUUUCAGAUGCUCGGUGCGGCCAUGGACGGGCACGGUUUGGACGGGGAUCGGUUCGUGGUGUGUGCGCCCAAAACGAUCAGCGAGCUGGUGGAUUACUACCUUCUGCACGGUAUCUGCUACGUCACCGAUGGCACGGAACAACCGGAACCGAAGGACAUCCGCAAGAUCAUCCCACUGCGUGCGAAGGACAAACAGCUGCACAAAGAAGAGCGAGUUCAAUACUACUACUACAUGUACGGCGAGCAAGGCAUUAGCGUACAUGUCACGGACGACGGUGAGGAGAUUCUUAUUGGUGCACCAGGAGUGUUUAACUGGCGGGGUACGGUCGUGCGGUACCGGCGACGUAUCAGCGACGACAUGGGAGGGCUCAGUCGUAGAAAUGCAGCGUUCGAGCGGCCUACCAACAGGCAUAAACGUCAAAUCAUCCAGCACGUCAGCGACGUACCGAAUCCGUAUUUUACCGCGCUGCAGGACAAUUCGUACUUCGGAUACGCCGUCGGAUCGGGACGCUUCCUGGGCGAUCAGAAGACACUGUACGUGGCCAGCGCACCCCAAUCGAACGGCCAGGUCGGUGAGGUGUUCAUCUUCGACAUCAUCAACGCGGACUCGUUUAUCGAGCCGCAGAUUAAGGUGCACUACACAUUCCCGGGCCAGCAGCAGGGCGAGUACUUCGGGUAUGCGCUGCUGGCAGAGGACUUCAACGGUGAUGGGUUUCCGGAUCUCGCCAUUUCGGCACCGAUGCACAGUCGAGCUGGCGACUACGACGCUGGUGUCGUGUACGUGUACUGGAACGAGGGCCAUCUGAACUUCCAGCUGCAGGGUAAGCUCCACGCUGGCCACGAGAGUGCUGGCCGUUUCGGCACAAGUUUGGGAAAGAUCGGUGACAUCAACAUGGAUGGGUACAAUGACAUUGCGAUUGGUGCCCCGUUCGAGGAAAACGGAGCCGUGUACGUGUUCCUUGGAUCGGCGGAUGGGCUGCAAUCGAAACCUAGCCAGCGGUUGACGGCUCCACCCAACGAGCUGCUGUCGCCACAGUCGAUGUUUGGCUUCUCUCUGUCGCGGGGAAGUGACAUCGACGCGAACGGCUACAAUGAUCUGGCUGUUGGUUCACCGAACGACGAGAAAGUGUACGUCUUCCGGACGUAUCCGGUGGUGCGUAUCGACGCGGAAGUCACCUCAUCCAAGCGGGAACUUACGCUAGGCGACACAUCCUUCGAGCUGUCGAUUUGCAUGGCCGCAAGUUUCUCCGCCGGCCAACCAUUCGACCUACGGCUUAACUACGAGCUGAGCGUGGAUGCGCAGGCUGGUCGUGUGACGUUUUCCGGCAGCGGAACCAACCGUCGCAACGAAACCAUCACCGUCACGGAAACGAUGGCGUGCCAUCGGAUAGACGUGCGCUUGAAGGCGACGGCCGCCAGCAUCUACAAGCCGGUCCUGGUGGAACUGGUGUACCAAUUGCAGGCGCCCGAAUCGCCAGAGGAUAAUGGCCACGUGUUCUGCUCCGAGUGUGCUAUGCUUGAUCCGACCCAGCCGAACCGGUUGAUCCAGAAGAUCGCCUUUAAGACGGGCUGCCAGGGUGAGGUGUGCGUGUCGGACCUCCGGCUGUCUGCCCGCUGGGUGGACAUCGAACCGGUGUACGUGUUGGGCAGCACGAAGAAGGCAUCGCUCCAGUUCGAUGUGUACAACGCCGGGGAAAACGCGUACUUGCCGCAGCUGAAUGUCACACUUCUGCCGGCCCGGUUGACGCUGGCGAAGCUAACCUCCGAGUGUCGGCAAACGGUAACGGUCGAGGGUGUGAAUGUGCUGUGCGAUCUGAACAACGGCUUACCGCUUAAACCGUCCUACAACUCGCUGUUCACGCUGAUCCUUGACAUGACCAAGCUGGAGGGUACGAGCGCCGAGAUCAGGGCGGAAGUGCUCAGCUCCAGUGAGGAAUCGUCGCCGGAGGACAACUUUCUGGAACAAGUGCUCACGCUGCAAGAAUUUAGCGACAUCGAGAUUAUCGGCAAAUCGUCCGUCACCGAGGUGUCCUUGGAGCAGCAGAGCGGACUGGUGAACAUCACCUACGAGGUGCAGCUGCACAACAACGGUCCCAGUACGUUCCGCAAGUUGGCUUUCGCGUUGGAUGUGCCGCUAGUCUACCACAAGCUCAGUUCCGGACUAUCGUUCCAGCUCAUCGACUUCAACAACAUUCUCGCGACGGCGAUGUACAACUACAAGACGCUCGAGAUAACCUGGACGAAGAACGACAGCAUCCUGCUGCCUAGCCUGGUCGAACACGACGUCAUCCUGCCACCGACGGUCGAUGUCGAUGGACUGCACCGGUUGCCGAACGACUUCAAUCUGCUUUCCGCCGGAUUCGGUGCGGGUGAAAACCAACCUCCUGCUUCUGGCUACGAUCAUGACACGAUGACGCUGCGUCGUCGUCGCGGUGUGUCCGCCCAGGUCUACAACCGGUACACAGGUCAGCUGUCACAGCAUUCACGCGUCCGCCGAGAUCUGACCAAAGAGACCAACGGCAUUGUGCGGACGUUGCCACACAACCGGACUCUGUUCUUUAGCUGCACGCAGGAAGAUGCGCUCAUUGAGUGUGCCCGGUUGAACAUCGAGGUCGACAUCUUCCGGCCAACGAACGUCCCGAUCGUGAUAACUGUCACGUUCCAGCUCGAUUUGGAUGCGGUUGGUGAGACGUUCCUUGAGCGGGAGGACAUCUUUGCGUUGGUGAUGCACACCGACGUCACUAGGGAGGGUGAUCCUGACGGCACAACGUUCCAGCUUGCCCGUAACAACCCGUUCACGGUGGUGUAUCGCUACUCGGAAGCCAGCACGCCCAUUUGGGUGAUCAUCGUCUCGGUGCUUGGCGGCUUACUGCUGUUGGUGUUGCUUUCGUACGGCCUGUACCGGAUGGGAUUCUUCAAGCGUGCUACCAAGGAGGAAAUGGAGAAGCAAUCUCGAGAGAGUGCACGCCUCAACGAGCCGGAAUCAUCCAACCAGUCACCCCCGACGGAAACUGACAUCGAGCUCAACGACGACAAACAUUGAUACCAAAUUAUGCC